AAAGGUUUUCUUCAUACUGAUCUCUAACGCGUCUGGAGGUUUGAGUCGAUUCACACGACUCCUUCCUAUUUGGGAUAGCGUUUAUAUGCAGUUCAUUAAAGUCACAUGAUCUUUUUUUUUUGGAUUUUUUUAAUUUUUCAGUUCUUAUGAGAGAGGAAAAAAAAUUUGAUUGUUGAAUGGGUUUAGAUGAAUAGAAUCAGAUCAAUUUGAAAGAUUGUUCGAUAUAUUAGUUAUAAAGAUAUGUCUUUAGCAUUACGAGUUGGAGGACUCUUUCCUACUAUUCAACAGGCGUUGAGAGGAGGAUUGCCUAGUCUUCCUGCUAUAGGAUUGAGUAUAACCCUUAAACCAAGAAUAACAGCCAAUGCAUCAGAAAAUAUAACUUCCCAAGAAGAUGAAAGAUUACAAGAUUUAAGACAACAAAUAGAGAAUAAUAAUGGAAAUCCACCUUUCAUGAUUGAUAAUGGUAUGAUUUUAAGAGCAGCUCCUAAGAAGAAAUUAUCUCAUGCUAAACAUAGAGCUAAAUUAUAUGCCCCAGGAAAUAAACAAAUUCAUCCUUUAAAUAAUAUCGUCAGAUGUCCAGCUUGUGGUCAUGUUAAAAGAAGUCAUUUCAUGUGUAUGAACUGUUAUUAUGAAAUCAAAUCAUUCAUAAAAGUUUUAAAAAGAGAAAAUGGUAUCAUUAAAGAUCCUGUGAAUCCUCAAUCUGAUUUAGAUGCUGCUGAUAAAGAUCUUAUUUAUCCAACUAAAGUUGAUAGACCUAAUGAAGUUAGAUUUAAACAAAAGGAAUGGAUUCCAGUUAGAGAAAAAACUUUAAUGUUUAAACUUGGUGAACAUAGACAUACUAAGAAAUCAAGGUAAUCUUAAACCAAAAUUUAUUGCAUUCCCUUUACAUUCAUUCAUAUUUUUAAUAGUAGUAAUAUUAUUUUCUUGUAUA